CAGAAUUAUUCUCUAAUAAUUUUCCCAUAACAUUUUAUUUUGUAAAAAUUGCUAACAUUUUCUACACGGGCACAAAAGUAUAAAAAAAGAAAAACAAUAAAUAUAUUUUGUUGUUUCAUAUGAAAAUAAUAGUAAAAAACCAAACGAUUAUACUGAAAAAGAUCGCACGUUCGUAAUAAAUCUUAAAAAAUUGAGAUAAAAUAUUUGUGAUAGUCGGUCAGCUGAAUAUUCUGCGCCAGCUGUCAGUUUUUGUUUACAAAUUUGCAUUGAUUAGAAGCAGUUUUCCAAUUGGACAUUGUGACCAAAGAUUUAAAAAAACACGACUAAACAAAAAAUUAUUGCAAAACUGAUUGUUGCCAAUUUUUAAAAUAAAAACCUGAAAAAUGCCAAAAAGUUAACAAAACAAGGCUAAGAGAAUCUUUAAAAAUUAAACCAAUGACCGAUGCGGUUGUAGGCUUUCGAUUAUAAGCAUAUCCUGAUAAUAUAUUGCCAUUAAGCACAAAAUGAUUACUGAACAAAGUAAAAUACAACAAACAUCAAGCGCACAACAUCAGCACCAACAUGAACUUGGCAACAUUCCUAUGAACAACACAACGGUCUUCGUAGAACGUUUUUUUGGGGCGUUCUAUUGGAAAGAAUUUGCUUGCGGAUGCGGUGCCGCAUUCGUUAACAUUGGCAUUACGUAUCCCAUUUAUAAAAUGAUAUUUCGCCAAAUGCUGCACGGUGUUCGCAUUUCAUCCGCCUUCGGUCAGCUUCGGCAUGAAGGAUUGUUGUAUUUAUACCGCGGUAUGUUUCCUCCCCUCGCACAAAAAACUAUCUCAUUGUCUAUAAUGUUUGGGGUUUUCGAUGGUACGCGCCGUUAUCUGCUUGACGAUUUUCAUAUGAAUGCGUACAAAGCGAAACUAAUAGCUGGAAUGGCAGCGGGUACCGUAGAAACGUUGUUACUUCCAUUCGAACGAGUUCAAACACUAUUGGCGGACUCAAAAUAUCACAAGUAUUUUGCGAAUACACAACGAGCGUUUGGAUAUGUGCUAACAAAUCAUGGAUUCAAAGAACUGUAUCGUGGAAUAGUACCCGUGCUUUGGCGAAAUGGCCCAUCAAAUGCCAUGUUCUUUAUAUUGCGUGAAGAAGCUAGUUUACAUUUACCACAAAGGUCGUCUGUUUCCGGAAAGGCGGCACAAGAAUUCAUAGCUGGAGCUGUUAUUGGAGCCAGUACAAGCACUCUAUUUUAUCCGCUUAAUGUUAUAAAAGUGGCCAUGCAAAGUGAUAUGGGACAUCCAUCAGAAAGUAUGUGGAAAACAUGUUUAAAAAUAUACCGUGACAGAGGCAGCAGUAUUGCAUAUUUUUAUCGAGGCUGUGGUUUUAAUACGGCCCGUUCGUUUGUAAGUUGGGGCGUUAUGAAUACCGCCUAUGAAAAUUUAAAGCAUCUCAUGAGUACAUAUUAAAUUAUUGCAAUUUGUUUUUAAAAAUAACAAUAACACUAUUACCACCUCAUAACAUUCAGCCAAAGGUAAAUUAUAACUCUCGAAGCUAAUCACUAAUUUAAUGUAUUAGUUAACAAACAACAAAAAAAUACAGAAUUACAAAAAAGUAAGGCCAGAAAUAGUAUGUGUUGCUAUUUUUUGUUGUCCUUAUAUUUAUAGUUACUAUUACCUAUUUUAAUUUAAUUUUAUAUAAUUUAUUUAUAAACAAUUUUAUGACCAAUAAGACCAAAUGACUGACUACAAUUUGACUGGUUUGUGUAAAAGAGUACAAACUAACAUACAUAAGUACUAAAUAUGGUGGUCAUCCAUUUGAUUUUCCUCUCGCUUAAGUAUUUGCUUUAAUAAGUUGUUGCCUUAUUCUUCUAGGAUACGAAUAUAUUUUGUAAAUAAUUAAUUAAUGCCCAUAUGAUGAUAUGCGUCAUUUUCAAAUUAUAUAAGGAAUGUGUUUCAUUUUAAUUUUUGCAAAUUUUGGACGCUAAUACAAUAAAUUGUGUGUAAAUACAAUUGUUUAUUGUAUGUAUUAAAGUAAAAUGUAUAAAAUAUCAUUAUAUAAAUACAAAAUUCUUAGAAAAUCUAUUCAUACAAACAUAACAUAGUUAAUUAAUAUUGUUAUUCUACCUACAACUUAAAUAGCAAUUUCUGCAAAACAAAAAAAGAAUAAAAUAAUUUUAUAUAUGUAUAAAACAAUAGUUAAAUUAUGAAGGAAAGCAUUUAUUCAUAUGUACUAUUUAUUAUGUGUAACAAGAUGAAAAAUAUUAACAAUUAACGAUUUUGUGAAUAUGUGUACUUUGUGUGAUUUUAUUAAGUUCUAAACUUUAUCUAUAGGUUUAGUUGAUUGUUAUUUUUAAAUAAAUUGGAUUGAUCAAAAUAUAACUCUUAAAA